AAGUUAACGAAGAUGUCCAAAACACUUUUUGCUUUAUUGCUCAUCUCCAUGCUUGCUUUUAGCGCUCAAGGUAAACUACACAUUUAUAUCCUCACUAACCCCCAUAUAUUAUUUAUAUAUACACAAAUUCAUAUCUCCUGACUCAACUGAAAUAAUAUACUUUUAGCUGCCACAAGUAACAAGCUUAAGCUCAAAACAAGUCAAUUAGAGGCUCAAUCAUCAUCAGAGGAAGAAAGCUCAGAAGAAAGCUCAGAACUUUUGGCUUAAUCAUCAUCAUCCGAGGAAGAAGAGGAAGAGGAAGAAGGAUCCGAUGCCCAAUCAUCAUCAGAAGAAGAAGAAGAGGAAGAAGAAUCAAGUGAUUAAUCAUCAUCUGAAGAAGAAGAAGAAGAGGAAGAAUCAAGUGAUUAAUCAUCCUCAGAAGAAGAAGAAGAAGAGGAAGAGGAAUCCGAUGCCUAAUCAUCAUCAGAAGAGGAAGAAGAAGAAUCAAGUGAUUAAUCAUCAUCAGAAGAAGAGGAAGAAGAAGAAGAAUCCGAUGCCCAAUCAUCAUCAGAAGAGGAAGAGGAAUCAUCAGAAUAAUCAAGUGAUUAAUCAUCAUCAGAAGAAGAAGAAUCAUCAGAAGAAUCAAGUGAUUAAUCUUCAUCAGAAGAAGAAGAAGAAGAGGAGGAGGAAUCAGAGAGAUGUAUAAAAUGAUGUUAUUUUAGUGAACUUCCGUUUACAUUAUGCUGAAGCAGCUGCCACCACAACCGCAGCCAAACCAACCACCACCACACCACCACCCGCAGCUGCCACUACAACCACAACAACACCCUCAACCACCAAGAAUGGAGCUAUACUAGCAGCCAGUUUAGUCAUAGCCGCCAUCGUUUUCUGAUAAAAAUAAAGAAUAUUUAAAAUAAGUUUAUCCUACA